AUGCCAGAGUUUAAGAAUUAUCUAAGGGCUACAUUUGAGCCAAGUGAUACAAAAUUACUAUCAACAUCACCAACAACUAAACUAUUAACAGAAUCACCAGUUUUAGCAACUGCAUUAUCACAAAUUUUCCCAUAUUUAUUAUUAAUUGAUAAUUUUCUUGAAAUUAUAUCGUGGACAAAUGAUGAUCAAUAUUUAAAUUUUUUGAUAAUGGUGAUAUAUUCAUGCUUGAUCAUGUAUUGGAAUUGGUUUAGUCAUAUAAUAUUACCAUUAUUUUUUGCUUUAGCAUUUGCUAGUUUUGUUUGGUCAAUAAGUUCAGUUAUAUAUGAUUCGGAACAUGAUGAAAAACCAACAAUUGAAGAGAUAUUAUAUACUUUACAUAAUUUAACUGUUAGAAGUGAAAUGUUAUUUAGACCAUUGAAAGAAGUUGAAUUUACAAGUAAUAAUUGUACAAGAUUUUUCAUAGCUGGAGUUAUAUUAACUCCAUUACAAUUAUUAUUAACAAAGACAAUUUUAACGCCUCAAAAAGGUUUAUGGUUUUUUGGAUUAUUUAUAUUUUCAUUUCAUUCACCUUAUUCAUUUGCAAUGAGAAGGUUAUUAUGGAGAUCAUUAUAUAUUAGACUUGCAAUUGUUUAUAUGACGGGGUUAAAUAUUAAAAUUACUAAAAAUGAUCAAGUAAUUUCACCGGCUUCAAGUGAUAUAGAGGAUGUUACAACAUUAUCAAAUUUUAAAAUACUCAAGAAAAAGAUGGUGAGUCCAAAUCAGCUAAAGCAGACAGUUCUAUUUGAAAUUUUACAAAAUGAAAGAAGAUGGUUUGGUAUAGGUUGGUCAACUUUAUUAUACCCUCAUGAUAAACCAAAUUUCUGUUACGAACAAAAUUUAGAAAUGGCUCCAAGUGUUACAUUACAUAAAGAUGAUUUUGAAUUUCCAACAUUUGAAAAUGAUAUAUAUACUUAUUCAUGGGAAUGGCUAGAUGAUAAUUGGCAAAUUGAUUUAGAAUUUAAUAAAUCUAAAUCAAAAGAUGGUUGGGUUUAUUAUGAUAAUAAUUGGGAAACUCCAAGGUAUAAAGAUGGAUCAGGGAAAUAUACAAGAUCAAGAAAAUGGAUUAGAAAAGCUGUACUAAUAAUUGAUAAACAUGAGAUUGUAUAUGAUGAAUGA